GGUUUAUUCACACAACAUUUCACGGCAGCCUCACAAAUGAAUUUCACGGAGGAAACUGCGCCAAAGAAAGAGCCACAAAUCAAAUCAAAUCAACAAGGAGCAAUAUCCUCUGCCUUUAACCGUCGACUAGGGUGAAGAAUAACUGAGGAAAAGAAACAGAGACCUCAGGGAGAGUAACAACUGUGUAUCUCUCUCCCUGGAUGGACAGAGAAUGCUGCGAAUGGUUCUGCGAAUGUGGCGCAGCUGAGCUCGGCCGUGAAAUCCCGAUGAAACGUGGAGCGGCCUCACGGAGCCGAUUCUCCACACCCCGCGUCCUCAUAAUCACAAGCGACCCGCGCUGCUAAUGCGCAGCUCCAACUCAUCCCGCCGUCACUUCGAACCUCCCCGGUGGUGACAGGACAGGCUGUAGGCUGCAGGAUAUCCGGGAAAAGGAAAGACAGAAAUAUAAAAUAACAAAAUGCCAAAGGAAUACCUGGAUGAAUACCAACCACUGCUUAUUAAAGGAAGCAAAGAUAAAAAGCAACCAAAGCUUCCAAACAAAUCCCUGCUGCUGGCUGCUUGUGCUGCUUGCAUAGGAGGAACCUUUCAGUAUGGAUAUAAUAUAUCCAUCAUCAAUGCACCCACAGUGUAUGUGCAAAAUUUCAUCAACCAAACCUGGAGGGAGCGUUACCAAGACGACAUAUCACCCGAUGGUCUCACCCUGCUCUGGUCCGUCAUCGUGUCUAUAUUCACGUUAGGAGGAUUCCUAGGGGCAACAAUUGGUGGGACACUGUCUGUGAAGCUGGGGAGGAAAGGGACACUGUUGGUCAAUAACAUAUUUGCCUUAGCAGCUGCUCUGCUGAUGGGUCUGAGUUACCCCACAGGAUUAUUUGAAUUACUCAUAAUCGGACGUCUUCUCACUGGAAUAAAUGCGGGCAUUGGCAUUUGUGUUCAACCUCUAUAUUUGGGGGAAAUUGCUCCAACUGCAUUUCGUGGAACCAUGGGAAUGGGAACCUCCAUUUUCAUCACUGGUGGGAUCUUGACUGGACAAAUCAUUGGCCUCAAAGAGCUCCUGGGCAGAGAGGAGUACUGGCCCAUCCUACUCAGCACCACAUGUAUCCCAGCCAUCAUGCAGCUCCUGAUCCUGCCCUGGUUCCCAGAGAGCCCACGCUACUUGCUCAUCGACAAAGGAGACACAGAAGGGUGCAAAAAAGCCCUCAAGCAACUGCACGGGGGUGCGCGCUGUGAUGGCGAGCUGGAGGAUAUCGAGAAGGAGAAGAGUAAUUUAGCAGGUUUCCAGGCCAAGAAGCCCUGGGAGCUCUUUGCCGAUCGCAGCGUGCGCUGGCAGCUUCUCACCGUCAUGCUGCUCAAUGCUGUGCAACAGCUGAACGGCAUCAAUGCUAUUUACUUCUAUGCAGACUACGUGUUCAAACAAUCUGGUAUUCCCGCUGAUAAGAUACCAUAUGUGACCGUCGGUACGGGUGCCUGUGAAUGCAUCACUGCUUUAACUUGUGGUUUGCUCGUUGAAAGCCUGGGAAGGAAAUUGCUCAUUACAGGAGGAUACACACUGAUGAGUAUCUGCUGCAUUUUAUUCACACUGACGCUCACUUUUCAGAAUGCCAGCCCAAUCUUUCCGUACUUGAGCAUGGCGUGUGUUUUUGCUUUCAUCCUGAGUUUUGGCUUAGGACCAGGUGGCGUAACUAACAUCUUGACCACUGAACUAUUCACACAAACCUCGCGCCCCGCAGCGUACAUGAUCGCAGGGUCCGUGAACUGGCUCAGCUUCUUCUUCAUCGGCAUGGUCUUUCCUUUUAUCGUGAUCGGGCUGCAGCAGUACUGUUUCCUGGUGUUCUUGGUAGUCUGCACCUUGGUGGCAAUAUACAUUGUCCUGGUCGUCCCUGAAACCAAGAACAAAACCUUCCUUGAGAUCCAGAGGGAGUUCCAGUCCUCCAACCACAGAAAGGCCAGCAGAGCUGAUGGUGCUGGAACGACACUGUUAUCAACUUCUAUAUGAAACCUAACCCCUGACUCAGCGGUUGAACAAUCAAAGCUUUUUUUCCAAUAAAGAUCCACUUAAGAAAAA